AUGGAAUUCCUUGGGCAUCUCCUUCUUGCUGCACUUCUAGUUAGUUUUAAUUUGCUUGCAGCAAAUUCCCAACACCGUGGAGUAUUUCCAAGUGCUCGUGCCUUAAAUAAAAUUGAUCGUAGUGCUGUCCCCUUAUGCCCAAGCUUUGGUAUAGAUGAACUCAACCGGAGCAGUUUUCCCAAAGGGUUCAUCUUUGGGGCUGGAUCUUCUGCUUAUCAGGUUGAAGGCGCUUGGAACAUUGAUGGCAAAGGUCCAAGCAACUGGGAUGUUUUCGCUCACAAAUUCCCAGGUAAAAUUGCAAAUGGCAGUAAUGGAGAUGUGGCAGCAGACUCCUACCAUCGAUAUAAGGAGGAUAUCAAACUCUUGAAGGAAAUGAAUGCAGAUUCUUAUCGCUUCUCAAUUUCUUGGCCUAGAGUAAUACCUCAUGGCAAGAUUAGCAAAGGCAUAAAUGGGAAAGGAAUUGAGUACUACAAUAAGCUCAUAGACGAAAUUCUAGCUUAUGGUUUAAAGCCAAUUGUGACAAUUUUUCACUGGGACUUGCCCCAAGCCUUAGAUGAAGAGUAUGGAGGCUUCUCGAGUCCUAAAAUUAUAAAGGAUUAUCAUGACUACGCAAAUCUACUGUUUGCGAGGUUUGGUGAUCGAGUGAAAGAUUGGAUCACAUUCAAUGAACCUUGGACCUUUAGUUCAAAAGGUUAUGAUAGUGGAACCUCUGCCCCUGGUCGAUGUUCUGCCUGGAAGAACAAUAAUUGCACAGGUGGAAAUUCAGGGACAGAACCCUACUUGGUGGCACACCACCAACUUUUGGCUCAUGCUGAUGUAGUUAAAUUAUACAGGGGAGCGUAUCAGGCUCGCCAAAAAGGACAAAUUGGGAUUACACUAGUCGCUGCAUGGAUGGUGCCAUUUUCAAAUUCACCUCUUGAUCAACGAGCAGCCAUUCGUGCCCUUGAUUUCACAUUUGGAUGGUUUAUGAACCCUUUGGUGUAUGGUGAUUAUCCCGCUUCAAUGAGAAUUCUUGUCCGCGACCGACUUCCCAAAUUUACACCAAAGCAAUCUAAAGAACUGAUGGGGUCAUAUGAUUUUCUUGGAUUAAAUUACUACAUAACCAUUUAUGCUGCCCAUGUUACAACUCCUCCAAAUAAGGUGAAUUUAAGCUAUAGCACAGACGCGCAAGUUAACGUUACAAGUUGGCUUCAUAUUUAUCCUAAAGGGAUUUGGGAUCUCCUUCUCCAUGUAAAAACAAAAUACAAAGAUCCAAUCAUUUACAUUACAGAAAAUGGGGUUGAUGAAGUAAACAAUCCCACAAUACCACUUGAGCAAGCUCUUCAAGACAGCUUUAGAAUCCGAUACUACUAUCAGCACCUUCAGUAUGUUCGAAAAGCAAUCAAAAAUGGCGUUAGAGUGAUGGCAUACUAUGGAUGGGCAAUUAUUGACAAUUUUGAGUGGAGUGCUGGAUAUAGUGUCCGUUUUGGAAUCAAUUAUGUAGACUAUAGUACCUUAAAAAGAUUCCGUAAGCUCUCUUCUUACUGGUUUGAGAGAUUCCUCCGCAAGUAA